AUGGACGGAACCGGCGGCGUUGAGGAAUAUCCUCCCCAAAAUACCAUCUCAAGGAGGCCCGUCGGGAUUGGCAUGUCUAGAUUGGUCCCACCGGGCACUCCAUCUUAUCCCCCGUCCACCCAUCCGUCAUCGAGUCAUCGAGCGUCUCCCGGGCAUGAUAAUGUGUUCCACGACCACAGUGUACAAAGCAUCACCUUAACAGGCACACCCGAACCGUUAGGGCCCUAUACUCAACCGUACUCACUCGAGAACGGUGGAGAUGCCGCCAUUCAGCCGGGGAAUCAGUUGAGCGCCGAGCUGACGGAGCGCCAUGUAAACAUGAUGGCCUUCUCGCAGUGUGUCGGUAUCGGACUCUUCCUCCAGGCCGGCAGAGUCAUCUACCUCGCCGGGCCAGGCCUUGGUGCUAUUGCGUACAUUCUCAGCGGGACCGUCCUGUGGUCGUGUGCUGCCUGCCUUGGCGAGAUGACGGCCCUGUUUCCCGUCAAGGGUCCCAUCAUCGAAUUUCCCCGUCGUUUUCUGGACGAGUCUCUGGGAUAUACUGCGGGGUGGAUGACCUGGUUUUCCUGGAUUGUGCUUGUAGCUGCCGAGCUUGUCGCUAUCACUCACAUUUUCCAGUUCCGGUACCCUCCAGAUCUCCUCCGAGCGGCCGAAUACCCUGACCCCACCCUCGAAUUCUAUCCCAGCGCGUCGCCCGCCGUCUACGUCAUCUGUUUCUUUCUCGUCAUGUUGGUUUUCAAUAUGCUCCCGGUGCGGUGGUUUGGUCGACUGGAGUACUUCUUCGGCACUGCCAAGAUGCUCUUCAUCAUCAUCCUCAUAUUCUUCAACGUCAUUAUCCACAUUCAACAGCCUGUCAAGCACGGAGCCUUCUGGACCUACAAUAAACCCUACUCGUUCGCUGCCCAAAACAUGACCCUUCCCAAUGGGGAGGUCGUCGAAGGAGGUGCCGGUCGCCUCCUUGGCGUUUGGGAAGCCAUGACGACCUGCCUCUUCGGCAUGAUCGGCUUCGAAACCAUCGCUAUCACAGCAGCUGAGAACAAGCACCUUCGAACAGAAGAAACCGUCAAAAUUGCUACUCGCAAAAUCAGCCUCCGCAUCAUAACACUCUACACGCUUGCGACCUUCACCGUCGGUCUUAACGUUCCCUACACGUAUCCCACCAUCGUGGACCACGCCGUCAUCUCCUUUGGCUUCGGCCAGAACUCGGCCUUUGUCGUCUCUCCGGUCAUUAACCGACUCAGGAUUUGGCCGUACUUCAUCAACGACUUCAUUAUCUUUUCUGCCACUACGGCGGGGGCCAAUGGGCUUUACAACGCGUCACGGACGUUGCAUGCGCUGGCCAGCAUCCAUGAGGUUUGGCCGAAUUGGGGACCCGUACAGGCACUUCGUAGGAGACUCGAACGGACGAGCUAUGGUGUGCCUCACUCAGCAGUGAUUUUCAGUGCGUGCUUUGGACUCAUGGGUUUCCUCGCGUGUAACCCAGAUUCGCAGAAGAUCCUUGGUCGGAUGGUUCGGUGUUGUGUUGUCGCCAUGAUGAUUACGUAUGGGCUCGUGGCAGCCAGUUUCAUCGCGUUCUACAAGAGUCUGAAAGAUGCCGCAGCUGGUCAGAGCAGGGAAGUGGUGGACAUCUACAACCCAUUGGUCAAGCAACUCUACGACCGCAGCCAUCCGCGGUAUCCGUACAGGUCCCACGGCCAGUAUCUCAGAGCAUACUAUGCGGUAUUCGCGUGCAGCCUCUUCGUCAUCUUCAACGGCUGGAGAACCUUUAUCACCCCCGUGAGCAUUGAAGACAUUUUUGGAUGUUACAUCGCCAUCCUUCUGAUGGCUGUGAUAACAAUCAUGUAUCAAAUCAAAUUCUGGGGUUGGAACCCCCGCAAGUGGAGGAGAAGGGUGUCGGAUAAUCGACUUGAAAGGCCCCAGCCCAUGACUGCCGAGUCGAACCCCCGGCGAGGGCAGCUGACAUUAGUCGCAGCCGGUGAGAUGGCAGAUGGUCCUCGGCGCGUCGAGAAUACUAAGAGGUUUGGAAAGUGGUUACUUGUUUGGUUAAAGUAGGCGAUUAUUUCGGGCAACGGAAAUCUUGCGGGAGCAUUACCAGUCCGAGUGGAAGGAAAGACUUUGUUCUCUGUAAAGUUGUAGAG